UGCGUUCAGCUUCGGUUCCCUAAAAUUGGUUCAAGCGCUGUUAGACUGUGGCCUAGGGGCAGUCGUACUCGAAAAUGCUGUCGGUACAAGCUACUCAUGGGCCUUGGAACUGUUACAAUUGCCGAUUUUUGAUGAAGAGGAUGACAUCGAUGAUGUUUCUUCAGCCCUGGCCGAAAUGUCACGUUAUGGUCUGGACGAUUUCUUGGAAGGCCCCGAAGCAUUCGACUACAGUCUCCAAUCGGGCAAUGACAACACGAGUUUUCGAAUUUUGUUGAAUUAUGCGGGCUGUCAUCGGUACCAAUCAUUUUCUUUCGAAAAGAGGCUGCAGCAUUUCAGGACACUAGUGUUUACAGGCGAUCAACUGUCCUCAGAAGAGUUGCGUUUAUUGCUUCCGGAGACCGAAAACCUCACCGUUGACGUUCUCGAAUCUUCAAGAAUGGAACACCGGUUGUCUCUCUUCCGAUACUUGGCAAUAGGCAUGGUCUAUCAGGCUAUGGACAGUUCGGACGGCUUUGAACCUGAAUCGGAAUCUGAAAUCGCGUGGUGUCGACUUCUCGAAACAAUCCUUGAGCUUGACCCUGCAGGUCUUCACCAUCUCGAGAAAUUCCCUUAUGGUCUGUACGAAAAAGGCCAGACCGCUUUCUCACAGUUGAUCUCGCUGAUUCCCGGUUGGGGUGGUGACCCUCACUCUUUGACAGGGGCUCGAAGGGCUUCGUGUUAUCGACGACUUCACAGGGGGAUUGAUGCUUGGCUGGAUGCCUUAGUUCUAAAUCAAGAAAAGAACGAGGGCUCUAUAAAGGAGGGUUUUCAGUCAUUCGACAAAAAUGGGGUUGCUUCAGCUCACGUCUGGACCCGCCCAUUCGUCUCCAUCUCAUUGGUAUUACUUUUGGACCAUCAAGAGACGACUGGAGGUUUUGGUGGGCCGAUGAGUACGAGGAGUAUGCAGGCGACUUUUGGGCAAUUCAGGAGAAAGAAUUCGAACUGAAGAUCCCGGGUAGUUGGGAAGAUGAGUAUGGUGUUACUAGUCGCUACUAUCAAGAGUGGGAUCGACUCUGGGAUUGGGAGGCGGAGGAGCCCCUCCC